AUGGCGGAAUCUCAGCGCUCCCGUGUUUUCUUCGACAUUCAGAUCGGUGAUGAGAAACCUGCUCGCGUUGCGUUUGAGUUGUUCGACGAUGUCGUCCCCAAGACCGCAGACAACUUCCGUGCCCUCUGUACCGGAGAGAAGGGUAUUGGCCAGCAGGGCAAGCCAUUGACCUACAAAGGCUCAAUCUUCCACCGUGUGAUCAAGCAGUUCAUGAUCCAGGGUGGUGACUUCACGGCAUUCAACGGUACCGGCGGCGAAUCGAUCUACGGCGAGAAAUUCCCCGACGAGAACUUCGACCUCAAGCAUGACCGUCCCUUCCUUCUUUCAAUGGCCAACUCCGGCCCCGGUACCAACGGCAGUCAGUUCUUCGUUACUACCGUCCCUACUCCUCACCUUGAUGACAAGCACGUCGUAUUCGGUGAAGUGAUCAACGGCAAGAGCAUCGUCCGCAAGAUCGAGAACAUGCAGACCUCCUCCGACAAGCCCAAGGUGGACGUUACCGUGGUGGACUGUGGUGAGCUCAAGGGCGAAGACUUUGAGAACGCCAACAAGCGUAUCCAGGACGCGACUGGCGACCCAUAUGAGGAUUUCCCCGAGGACUUCCAGGGCGAAGAGCUGACUGCGCCUCUGGCAUUCAAGAUCGCGUCCGACCUGAAGGGUUUCGGAAACACUGGAUUCAAGAAGGGAGAGCUCGCCUUGGGUCUGGAGAAGUACCAGAAGGGUCUCCGAUACCUGAACGAGUUCCCCGACCCCGGCGAGAACGACCCCAAGGAGCUGGCCGAGCAGAUGAAGUCUCUCCGUUUCAUCCUGCACUCCAACUCUUCCCUGUUGGCUGGCAAGCUUUCUCAAUUCCGCGAUGCCCAGACCUGGGCUACAUAUGCUCUCCAAGUUGCUGAGGCUGCUAAGGCCAAGGACGCCGAUAAGGCUAAGGUUCACUACCGCCGUGCUGUUGCAUACAUUGGUCAGCGUGAGGAGGAUGAGGCUCUCAAGGAUCUGCAGACAGCUCUUAAAUUCGCUCCUGGAGAUGCGGCUAUUACCAACGAGAUCAGCAAGGUUAAUGCGGCUGUCAAGGCUCGCGAGGUUAAGGAUAAGGCAGCUGCUAAGAAGUUUUUCUCUUGA